UCUCAUUCUACACAAAAACUCUGUUCGACGAUUUCUGAACCCAGUCUCCAACAAAUGCUCGAAUUUCAUGUAGAACGUAAACCAUUUCAGUACAGUAUUUAUGAUCAGUAAAUUUCUUCUAUCUUACGACAUUAUGUGUAAAGAACACCUAUGUCACUGCCCGAUGCAUUUACCUUUCCUCUCCGUUCUAGUAUCAUCACCGCCCAAUCUCUAUUGUCUUUAAGCCCAGCUUGUAAGAUGUGUGCGUCCAUCCUCCCUCCUAUCCUCCCUAGGUCUCUCCCCCAAUGGGUCCUCCCUCGCGUCCCCCCCGCACUCCCCGCGCACUCGCACACCCCUCAGCCGGCACUGACGAGGCAUCAGCCCAGAGACUCACUCACUCCCGAACCUCCUAGUCCCCUCCUCGAGUUCUCACAAUUACCCUUCUUGUACCAUACCCUUGCCUUACCCUUGUUCCCUUCCAUUCUUACUUGUUGUUUAAGAAACGAAGACCGCUCACAGCAGAAAACGAAGGCUCGUGUUGUGAGAUACGAGGUGAGGGAGGUGUGAGUGCAGCCCAAGACGGAGGGUUGGGAGCCGCGCGCUUCUUGAAGGAGUGGUCGAUCGUUUAGAAAAUUAGACAUUUAUCUGUCCACAUUACGAUUGGUUUACGAUGGUCAGAAUUUGGAAAUAUAAACAUGUUCAGUGUCAUAAACAUUAAGAAAGGAAGUGGGCAAGUGACUCCAAAGAUCAUAUGGGCAGAUGAUGAGUUCUUGUUGGAAACUAUUUCACACAACUGAGAACGCCGUUCUUUUUUUUUGUCAUCUUAUAUAGUCCCUGGAGAUAAGAAUGCUAGAAGGAGUCGGGAUGCCGUUGGUCUACAGCACAGGUGCUGCAGGUGGGCGGGAACAACGCCGUCCGAUGUGGACUCAACACGAGAAAGCUGUAUUACGUCUACUUAUGCGUCAGUAUGCUGGUGUUACUGAAUUCGAUCCACCUGAUGUUCACAAGCAUCCAAUCAGAAACGAAAUGUGGAGGCUUCUGACAGCUCGGUACAAUGCCCAUCCUCACGUGCGAUCAAGAGAUACCAAACAACUUAGAAAGGCGUGGGAAAACCUGAAAUACCGGGCCCGCAAAUUGGGGUCUGAAAGCCAGCGAAGUGGAAGACAGCAAAAUAACAAUGAAUCAAACUGGCCUUUGGAUGGAGUCACCCUCCCAGGGCCGCCAACCUCCCCGACGGCGAACACUACUGCUUCCAGGGAGACAGGGGAGGUUGGGGAAUGGAGAUGCUCUGAAGAUUCGCAAAAAAAUGACGAUGACCUGGAAGAAUCUGAGAAAAAAUGUAAAGAUGAAAUAGAAGAGGAGAAUUCUCAGAACACUGACAAUCCAAAUAUUCACUCUCUAAGUGAUAGGGAAACAUCUGUUCUGAAUUUACAUCCUAUCGUGUCGUCACUUCUUGGUGGGGGUUUAGGACCUUUGGCCACAACUCUACCGUUUCUAGCAUCACCUCCAAGUUCCCAGCUCGCUACUGGACUGCUUUUGCCCCACGCAAUAUCUAAUUUAGGAUCAACUGGGGAUACUGACAUUUGUCAAUCAGCACUGAGGUCUUCCAUGGAUUCUGUUUCCACUACCUCUACUUCACCCACAACGGCCACCUCCACCCCGUUACCAACUGCCACUACCUCAGGCAUUAGCACCUCUACCUCAGGAACGUCCAUCGCUAUUAGCAGUGUGUCUCAGGCAAACAGUGACACUUUAACAAUAACCACUUCUGCUUCGUCAACCACCCCAGAGAAACUGAAAUCGGCGGAAGAUCCAGGAAAUUCAUGUGCAGCACAGGAACGACUUCAACAGCGCGUGUCUAUUGUGGAGGGGAACAUACGUCACGCAGAGGAGCAGCACCAAGCGCAACUUCAGCUCCUUCGGCUUCAGAUGGCACAGGCAAUUGCUGAGCACGAUGCUAAAAUGAGGGUACUAGCUGCACAGCUCGAGUAUUGGCAGAGGCGACUUCGUGUUCAGCAGAGAGUCACGUAUGCUUUGUCAGCCAUUACACAAAGUGACCCUGAUUUGGAAGACGAGCAGAUACCUUGACUUCUUUUCAAAAUUUGUGUUUACGGCAGUGGUUUACUUCUGAUUGCUAAUGUAAGAAAGGUUGUGAGUUCAUGUAUGCUCAAUGUAGUAUCUGAUGAAGAUAUAAAGUCUUGGUUGUUAAGCUAGCAUUUCAAUUGUUUGAAAGGAAAAUGUUAAAAUAGUUGAUACAGUGGUAUUAUGUAUGUGUAAGUAAAUGUAUGUAAUUCAGGAAAAGAAAACAUUAGUGCUGUUCAUAAUUCAUUGGAUACUGGCUUCACCAUCAAUUAUUUAUUUAUUCAUUUAUUCACGUGAAAAAACAAACUUUUCAGUCUUAUCCAAAUAGCCUGAAAUCAGGAUAAACGUACUUGCGCUGAAAUUAGAAUGUACAAAUUCAUUAUACUUUAUACAACUUUUGCCAGAUAACUUCUUACAAAUGUACAUAUAGAUGACAAUAUUCUCAAUGCAUUUGAACAAAGAAUAUAUUUUAGUUACAUAUAGGAAGAUGUAUUGCCAAUAAAAAUACAUCAGCAA